UCGAAUUUUACUUCAACUUAAAAGCGAACUAAAAUUAAUUCAAACAACCAUCACAAACAUCAAUAUCAAUAAAUAAGAAAGUACUUUGAUUUCAAAGAAACUCAUCGGUGCAUUGCAGGUAUCCUCUUAGCACAAAAUAAAAUUUUCUGUUCCUAAAAUAUUAGUAAAAUACAAGAAUGUCUGCUAUGCAAGGUGCUUUGUCGGCUGCUGAGCGGUCGAUGCGUUCAGUUUUCGUUGGAAAUAUACCUUAUGAAGCUACUGAAGAACAGUUGAAGGACAUCUUUGCUGAAGUUGGACCUGUCGUUAGUUUUCGUUUGGUAUAUGAUCGUGAAACUGGAAAGCCAAAGGGAUAUGGGUUUUGUGAGUACAAAGAUCAAGAAAUGGCUUUGAGUGCUAUGCGUAAUUUAAACAGUUAUGAAUUGAAUGGAAGAGCACUUAGAGUAGAUAAUGCAGCCAGUGAAAAAAGCAAGGAAGAAUUAAAAAAUUUACAAGCAUCACUUGGUGGGCCCCCUGUGGAGAGUCCAUAUGGACCUGAAGUUGCACCAGAAAAAGCUCCAGAUACUAUUGCCAAAGUUAUGUGUAGUGUACCACCAGAACAGUUAUAUGAACUUAUGAUACAGAUGAAGACUUGUGUUGAAAAUAAUCCCAACGAGGCAAGAAAUUUGUUGAUUCAAAAUCCGCAACUUGCAUAUGCUCUUCUCCAAGCUCAAGUUAUAAUGAAAGUUAUUGAUGCAGAAACUGCUAAAAAUAUGCUUCAUGCCCCUGGCUUUCAAUCAGCCCCUUCUGGAGCCCUUUUACCUACACCUGAAAAAAAAGCUAUGCCACCCCUUAUUCCACCAGGUGGUAUGGAUAAUCCAACAUCUUAUCCAUCUGCAAUGCCUCCAAAUCAACUUAAUUCAUUACCACAAAAUCCUGCCAUGCAAAAUCCAAGACCAACUCAGCCUGUUAUGCCAUUAACUAGACCAGCUCUCCUUGGUGAAAGGCCACCUCUUCUUCCUGAGAGACCCUCACUUGCACCUGGACAUCCAAAUCCAGUUCUUCAAAAUCCAUUUCCAGACCGAGCUCGUUUACCUCAGCCUAGAAUGCCAACUGGCCCCCAGCAAAAUAGGUGGAGUGCUUCUUCUGAUUCUCGAACUUUGGGUGAUCAUGAUUUGCGUCAAAUGCCAAUGUCUGAUAGAGAUAUGAGACCUCCACCUUUACUAGUUGGAGAUAAAGAUAUGAGGCAGCCUGUAGGUGAUCAGGAUCUGAGGACGCUCAAUCCACCAGGCCCAGAUAAUCGAGCUUUUGAUCCUAGAUUUCGAAAUAUGCCUGGACCAGAUGUGCCACCUAUGACAGGUCCUCCUGUUCGACCUGGUCAACCUGGUGAUAUGCCAAGUUUUGAUAGGCCUCGUGCUGGGCCAUCAUAUGAUCCAAGAGGUGUACCACCUGCAUCUGUUGCACGUGUUGAACCUGUAUCACAAUCAACUGGUAAUCGUGUCCCACCACAGAAUCCAAGAGUUGCUGCUGUGGGUGGUAACUCUCCAGCUGUUGGAGCAGCUUCUCCAAGUGCAGGUGCAUCUCCAUGUCCACCAAAUAAUUCAUUAGCAGCUGCAGCAGCAGCUAUAGCACCUCAUGAUCAAGAAAAGGCUGCAUUAAUUAUGCAAGUUCUUCAGUUGUCCGAUCAGCAGAUUGCUAUGUUGCCACCAGAACAGAGACAGAGUAUAAUGAUCUUGAAGGAACAAAUAGCUCGUAGUCAAAAUUUGCCAUAAUAUUUUAUACCAUUGAAUCAUUUAUUAAUUAUUAUCUUUAUGUAAAGUUUCUGUGAAUAAAAUUUUUUAAGAAUUUU